AUGGAUGCUUGUAAAUUCUUCUUGAUCUUGAUCAGCUUGCUUGCCCAUAGUUUUCUAGUCUCCAGUCAGGCAAGUUGCACCAAGAAGUACCACCUCAACUUGGCCGAUUGUACUACGGCUCGUAACUCAAUCAAAUUUGUAAAUGGAGAUAAUGGAAAAGGAGUAGUUAGUCAAGGUGAAUUAGAAAUUGCAGUUGGUAGAGGAACAUGCAUGAUACAUAUCCUCAAUUUUGUUGAGAUGGCACAAGCCAGCCCCCAACCUUUGUAG